UGCGCGAGAUUCCUACAAGUAUUACAUGCAAAGUUGUGUUUUGUGAUAAGUCACAAGUGAAUUUCAAGAAUAUUGCCAGUGAAUCGUGAUUUUAUGAGGACAAAAUGCUAUCGAGACUAAUUAAUAGUGAGAGGUCUGGGAGAAAUGCGAAGCCCUACUGCCAGUGCUGGAACGAGAACAGGCCUAGGCUAUGGGAGAACAAUGGAGGCUGCUCAUGCGGAGAGCAUUCUGACAUUAGUGAAUGGAAAUGGGAGAUGCCCCACACCGCAGGUAGCAGUUGGGUGAUGAUGUGCCCUGAUCAGAAGCAGGUGACUUUCCAUCCGUACUACAGUUCCGGUACUGCUGCAGUCAAGGGUGACACGCCACUAGUCCAUGAUUACCACUACUACUGGGAGGUCAAGAUGUUGACUGAACCUUACGGAACUGAUAUUAUGGUAGGCAUCGGCACAAACAAAGUCAAUAUGUCAGAUUCUCUAUUCACAUUCACAUCGUUCCUGGGACGAGAUGGGGAGUCCUACGGGUUGUCGUACACCGGAGCCCUACGACACGACGCCACAGUCACCAGGGAUAACGUAGGCUUCUGUAAAGGCAGCAUUAUUGGCGUCAAAGUGGACCUUUGGCUGGGCACAUUGGAGUUCUUUCUCAAUAGGAAGUCACAAGGCAUAGCAUUCUACAACCUCCGCCGGCAUCAGGCGUUAUACCCCAUGAUUUCUUCAACGGCGGCGCAGUCAUCCAUGCGGCUGAUAUACGCGGCGUCCUGGCAGGCCUCCCUCCUCGUGGACGCUGCGAAGACUCUGGCUUCAUCAGUUAAUGGAGAAGCUUCACUCUUCAUACCUCCAGGGCUGCGGCAUACAUUGAAGUCACAGUUUUGGCUGACACUACCUAAUCAAAAAUGUAUCCUAAACGAAGACGACGAAUCUCCUGAAAAUACUUCAACGCCGACCAAGGUUGACCAAAGCUUGAUAGGACAUUUCUUCCGGAGUCCGUUCAUGAAUGGCUACUACGUGGACAAUGUGCGGCGAGACUACAGGGUAGUGGUGUGGGAAUAGUAUAAAUACUGCAAUUAAUGCGUUUUCGCCAAACUAGUAAUAAAGUAAUUAUUAAGGUUUUAUACAAGCGUGUAUGUGAUAGGUAUAAUAAUAUAUCGCUGACUGAUUGACAGUGGCACGAAACAAAAUCCAACAAAUUAAAAAAAAAUACCACAAAUAUUCGAAGAUCAGUGCGCGCGCGCAAAAAAACUCUUACCGACUAUUUUUAAUGGGAUAUAAUAGUAUCGUUCAUGUUUGGUUUUGUAUACAUCUAAUUUUAUAGCUUCAGUUGC